AUGUGUCUGAAUAGCGAGGAUACAGAUGACCAGGUAGAUAUCAUAGGAAAGGGUACAUCCGGUGGAAGGGUUGUGGCGACGAGCGUUAACUCGCGCACACUUUGCCAUACUGCUGACGAUGAGCCGCUCAUCGAUCUACUGAGGAACUUCUACAAGGUAGAAUCCUGCGACGAGCCCCGCUCUUCUCCGAAGGCGGACGAAGAGGUGUGUCUGGAACAUUUCCAACGCACUCACGAGCGAACUGCGGAGGGUCGGUAUGUGGUUCGACAUCCCUUCAACGAACGUAAGGGCGAGUUAGGAGACUCGCGUGAAACGGCGCUGCGACGUUUUCUGGCUCUGGAGAGAAAACUCGACAAGCAGCCGGACCUAAAGGAGCAAUACUCGCAGUUCAUCCGAGAGUACGAGAAACUCGGACACAUGCGCGAGAUUGUGGAAGCACCGAACGAGGAUCCAGGGUCGGUGUUUUAUCUACCUCAUCACUGCGUGCUGAGGCCUUCAAGCACGACAACUAAACUCUGA